GCCUCAAGUUUCCAUGCAGACGUUGGUACAAUAGGGCAGUCACUUGGCGACACUCGUAAGAUCAACAAUGGCGAAGCGGUUCUACGAUCUGACGGCUAAGCUCCUGACGGGGGAAACAUUGAAUUUCUCCACGCUGCAGGGCAAAGUGGUCCUCAUUGAGAACGUUGCAUCUCUCUGAGGGACGACGACCAGGGAUUACACCCAGAUGAACGAGCUCCAUGAACGCUACAGCAGCAAGGGGCUCGUUAUCCUAGGAGUCCCCUGCAACCAGUUCGGCCACCAGGAGAACUGUAAGAAUGAGGAAAUCCUUCAGUCGUUGAAGUACAUCCGACCCGGUAACGGCUUUGAGCCCAAGUUCCAGCUCCUGGAGAAGGUUGAUGUGAACGGCAAGGACGCUCACCCCCUGUUUGUGUUCCUGCGUGAAAGCCUCCCGGUUCCCAGCGACGAGCCUGCUGCCCUGAUGAGCGACCCCAAGUUCAUCAUCUGGAGCCCCGUGUGCAGGAACGAUGUGUCCUGGAACUUCGAGAAGUUCCUCAUCGGACCGAACGGCGUGGCCUUCAAGCGUUACAGUCGCAGGUUCCUCACCAGCGACAUCGAGGGAGACAUCAAGAAGCUUCUAAGCCAGGCACACUAAAGACCAUCUGUGCUCACCCGUGCGCUGUUUUCUGCUCUUUUCACUCCAUGAAGGCAACCUCUGAAACCAAGCUGCUUGUGAGGAGGUCACCUGAUGCUCUGUGAACUAGCAGAACACCUCAGCUGCACUUAACACCUGUUGUUAAAGCACAGAUGACAAAUAAAUAUUUGGUCUUCA